AUGGAAAACAUUACAGAGAUACCGCCACCUCUGAGAAAACCCCAGUCUACUCGUAUUGUUCAUGACCAGUGCACAUUUGUUUAUUUUGAUUUGGAAACUACAGGUCUUGGCGAGUGUUCAUAUAUUGACUACAGAAGUAAAUAUUGUGAAGUCACCCAGAUUGGUGCAUAUGCAUCUGAGAAAUCGUUUUCACAGUAUAUCCUUCCAUCUACACAACCCAUUCCACCCUCUGCCACUGCUGUAUCGGGUAUUGCUGUGAAGGAGAAUAUUAUGUUCAAGAAUGGAGUACAGGUGCCAUGUAAGAAUGCGAAGGAUGGUAUAGAAACAUUUAUUACAUGGUUGAAAAAAUUUUCCAACAUAGUGUUAGUUGCUCACAAUGCAAAAUUCGAGUCGAUUGUUAUAAUCCGUGCAAUGCAUCAAGUGGGACUAGGAGCCAGUGACUUCAUUAUUGGUUUCGUAGACACACUACCUCUAUUUAGAGAAGCUGUUCCCAACAGAAAGUCUUACAAACAAGUGGAUCUUAUGAAAGAUUUAUGCACAGCACAUUAUGACGCCCAUGACGCUUUAGCGGAUUCCCAAGCUCUACAGCGACUUGUGCUUCACCUUGAUAUUUCUAGAGCCAUGAUGCUGUAA